GAGGGAAGAGCGGAGGAGUGCGAGGCCAGCAAGCCGACCUUCCCUCCCCAGCCAGCGGCCGACAUGCAGACCUCUUGGGCUCUUGGCUCUUUCUGCCUCUUCUUCCUGCUGUUCGCCCUGCCUUCCGGGCGCGGCUGGCAAGUGCUUAAAAACGACGCCACGGAGGUGGUCCCGGACUUCCCGGAGAAUACCGAGGCGCCCGAGGAGCAAGACUACAUCCAGAACGACACUGACACCGGCACCAUGAACAACCGGGCGCAGCAGCAAGGGCAGAGGCACCCCCACAUUGCUCUGAACAGGAUGGAACCACUGGAGUUCAGCUGCCGGGAAGUGUAUUCUACCCGCUAUGUCACUGAAGGCCCAUGCCGCAGCAUCAAGCCCAUACGAGAGCUGAUAUGUUCCGGCCAAUGCCUCCCAUCCCAUCUCCUCCCUAAUUCGAUCGGCAAGGGGAAAUGGUGGAGGCAGAAUGCUUUGGAUUACCGCUGCAUCCCUGCCCACAGCCGCUCCCAGCGGGUUCAGGUCACCUGCCCUGGUGAGGACAUUCGGACAAUCAAGGUCAGGACCAUCACGGCUUGCAAAUGCAAACGGUACACUCGCUACCACAACCGUUCGCAGCUCAAAGACUUCAGCAAGGAGACUGUCCGGCCUCAGAAAAACAAGAAGCCACGCCUCUCCAGAACAAGGGGCAGUAAGGCCAACCAGCCAGAGCUGGAGAACUCCUACUAGGAGUUGAGGACCGGUGCAGAAGCGUAGAGAUGUGUUUUUUGUUGUUGUCCAACCCAUCCUCCCUUUUUGAUGGUUUCACCAGGAUCAAAAUGGGACCGAGUGAGAGGGGUGGCCAGGGCAAGUGCCCUGGCCGGAGGUUCAGAGGAGAUGCAGCCAUACAGCUCUCAGACUCUGAGGCUGUGGGGUGAGAGACGGGGGGGAAAGAGUGAAAUCCUGAGAAAAGAGCUACUCCGAGGUUAGGAGGGGUUCUGUGGUUGAGAAGGCUGAAGGGGAGCACAGGCUGUGUGUGCACCGCAGGUUCUUCCAGGCUUGCUUGUCCUUCCUUAGCUUGACAAAGAACAGGCAUCUCCUGCUCUCGCUCUCUUGCUGUUAAUACAAUGACGCAUCCAGUUAAAACAAUGUGAUUACUCUAAGGGUGCAUGCUCAGAUGCCCCCCUUCAUUGCAGUCUUUAAUGCUUUGCUUCUUCAUGAGUUGCAAUUAAUGUAUUGUCCCGUUUUCUACCACAGCGUUGUGCCUGAGCUAUGUGCAUGUGCUCUGUAGAUUUAGGGUGGGCAACUUGCAGCCCUCAGGAUGUUUUUGCACCAAAUUUCAACCUGCCCUGGUUAGCAGAGCCAGUGGUGUCAAAUCCCAAGAGCUGUAGGCCAAAACAUGUAGAGGGCUACAAGUUGCCCACUUCUGCCAUACAUGGUCCAUUUUCAUUUCCUUUUCCUGGCAGCCCAUUAGACUGCACCCAGCAUUGCCUGGGAACUGGGGAACUUUUAACAGUCCUUCCAUGUUGCACAGAGCCUAAUGAUGCACAUAUACUCAUAGAUAAGGCCACCUUUGAAUGAAUUUUGCAGGGCCAUGUUGGAUCCAGAAAUUAAAAAAUAGGUCUGAAGAACGUGAAAAGACUUCUGUUAAGAGUAAUACAAAGAGAUGAAUAAAGCAACACCAAGAUGGGUGAAUAGAUGCACACAAUGUUAUAUGCAUGCGUGCGCGUGCGUGCGCACACACACACACACACACACACACACACACACACACUGAUGAAAGCAGAGGAAGACGCUCUGAGAGACUCUUCCAAAGACCUUUGCUUGCUAAUUCAGUCAAGAUGUUUGAAGUCUGGCCUGCUCCUGUUAUUUCAGGGGUGAAAAAUACUUUGCAGCCUCUGGCUAAAAUAUAUUUUGUAGCUGCUGGAUAUCCCAACUUCUUUCUUUCUUUUUAGGAAAACAAGUGACUAGUCCUUGGUUUUUCGUCUUGGAAGUGGUGGGGAAAAGGGGGCCCAAACUGAUUUUUUCCAGGCAAGGCUCUGCAAGAAAACAGCUCACUAAGCACAAAGGAAAUGUACAAGUUGCAUUGAAGCCUACUGCAUGGGGUUCCAUAAGCACAGCGGUUGUUGCCAAGUGGUUCAGCACAGUUUCCACCCUGGCAGUCUGAAUUAUUUUUGUUUUAAUUCUAGGAUGCUGUUGAUCUGGUGCUCCUCAGUAUGAUAUGGCUCAUCCAUUUUUGUAUUUCAUCUCUGUUUCUAGCCUUUUGCCUGGAUCAGAAGUAUGUUUUUCAGUCCCCAUCAUUCGUAAAUGCUUGUUUUUAAAGAUAUUCUCUGCAAUCAUAAGGUCUGUCAAUAUUUUUAAAUGCAGUAAACUGUAACUGCAACAGUAAGAAUUAAUAAAAUAUUGGAAGAAUUUCCAUUGCACUUGCAGUGCCACAGAGUGCCCUUGCCCAAUUGUUUGUCCUUCUAAAAUCUUUGUGCAGGGGAUACAUUGAUAUUCCCGCUUAGCAUGUGGAGGCUUAUAGGGCAAGCAAAGUAUGUUUACCUAUGAGAAAGCUUUACUAUGUUCAAUGGAGCUUAUACUGAGUUGAACACAGACUUAAUCAUCGUUAGAGCAGACCCACUGAAAUCAAUGGCACUUAGGUUUAAUUGCAACUAAUGAAAAUCCCAUCAGUUUCAGCAGGUUUGCUUUAAGUAUGGCAAAGUCUGUACUUAGGUUUGCAACCUUAGGGACUGCAACUUGCCCAAAGGUACCCAGUAGUUUUAUGGCUAUGGUUGGAGUUGAAUCUCCUCCUCCAACAAAGAGGUGCACUAUCCCAGCCUUUCUCUACAUGAUGCUCUCAAAAUGCUUAGAUUGCAAGUGCCAUUAGCCCCAGCCAGGAUGGCCAGUGGUUGGCAUGAUAGGGGUUGUUAUCUGGAGCUCACGCCAUUUCAGAAAGUUUUCACUAGGGAUUGGCUUCUGAGUGCCCUGGGACUCACACAGUGCUUGGAGUACCUGCAAAUUCUGCAGAUGAGUUGAAGUGAACUGAAUAUGGAAUGUUCCAUUCCACACUUCCUGAAACGAGCAAUGCCAAACUUCAAACCUCCUUGGAUGUCAUGCUUUCUAUCAGGGGUGUCCAAACUUUAUCCUGCAAGUCCAAGAUCCCAAUGCAGUCUUUGCAGGUUCCUGAGAUGGCCUAGGACUGUCAAUUAUUUGGUAAAUUUUCAGCCUUCACACAAGUUUUUGCCAUUCUAAAUCUCUCUCCUAUGGCUUAGUUACUGGCAGUAGAGGCUUUAAACUAAAAUCUGCUGGUAUUUUGGCCCUCUGUACUUCUGGAAUACAGGCCCUGGGAGCUUCUCCAGAAUUGAACGUGGUCCUUGGGCAGAAAGAGGUUCAACACCCAUGUCCUAUAGACUGCACACCCUUUCCUCUAAUUCUAGAUGUGUUGCCACAGUCCAUCAAGAGAAAUUUGCACUCUGUCCAAGUCUGGGUAAGGGGUGUGCAAGCCAUGGUCCUCCUGAUAUUGUUGAACUCCAAUUCCCAUUAGAGCCAGCCAGCAUGGCCAGGGGAGAUGGCAGCUGUAGAAGAAAAUGAUAUAGGGUUAUAUCAGGGUGGAAAGAAAGUAGAUCUCCAGAUAUUCUGGACGUCAAAUCACAGCAUCGCUGAUCAUUGGCCAUACUGCCCAACUUGUAGGAGUUCAAGUCCAAGUCAUCUGGAUAUCUACCUUCAGCCCACCCCUGCCUUGUAUAUCACCUAAGCCAACCCUGGCCCUGUUAUGCCUUGCCUUACACACGGCAUCCAUCUUGUACUCAGUCUGACAAAGCUUGGGCAAAGACACACUUUAGGCCGAUUGUUUCCUCCUGUUUUGAGUUCUUUUACAGAAAACUCAAUCCUGCUUUAAAAGUAUUUUGAAAGGUGCAGGGCCUCCCCAUCUGGGAAGAUAUGCCCUCCUUCCUCAUGGCACUGUCCUCCCCAGAGAUGGUGAAAAUACUUUGCCAAUGCACUUUUCACAAAUUGUUUGUCUGCCUUUUAAAAAGGAUGCCUCUUGUUCUGAGGCUAAAGCCUGCCAUUGAAAAUGAAGUCUGGGGCUAAGCCAUGGGGAAAUAGAAUGCUUUCAGAAACAGAGAGAGUUGGACACUAAUUAUUCCCAUUGACUAUUUUGGUUAGGGUUGACUGGGAUGGUCCAACACCUGGUUGAGGAAGGCUGGAGAGCGUAAAGUGGGGGUGCAGACCCUCCAUUCCUCCCAGUUGAAAAACAGCCUCCCUCACCACCGCCCAGUGGCAAUGCUGGCUGGGGAUGAUCAGAGCCAGAAUACAAUAGCAUCUGGAGUCCAUCCCUGGUAUAGAGAAAGACACCUUGUUUUCAAAUUCCUUUAUGUUGUCUCUGUGUUCUUGUGUCUAUGCUGGGAUCAGAAAGCCAUGCUAGCCUGUGGGUUGCCUCUAUACCAUCAUUGGUUCAUCUUAUAAGAUGUAUGGCCUUUUCUUUGACUUCAGUGGAUUUUGUUUCAGUCGGUGGAUUUGUUAAUGCAAAAUACUGUCAUUUCUUUCUGAAAUAUAAGUGACAUAUUUAUUUCCUUGUAAAAAGUAUUUAUGCAACUUGUUUCUUCCUCUUUGUUUUUCAUAAUGUAAUAAACUGGGCAGUCCUGCUCCUGUGAUAUUAACCCUAAUGUUUCAAAGCUAUACAGAUUAUAUUCCUGAAGGUAUUAAAUUAAUAAAGCUGUGUCCAUGAAAGA